UUACUGCACAGACCCAGGAUCAGACAGGCGGUACAACAUGCGUGUGGACCUGGUGGUGGUGUGUGUGGCCGCUGUGGCUCUCUCUCUCCCCGCUCUCUCAACAUGUGACCCACUCUAUGUGAUGUCGGCUCCUAACCUCCUGAGGGUGAACACCCCUGAGAAGGUGUUUGUGGAGGCCCAGGACUACACCGGAGCAGACCAGAACGUGAAGAUCACGGUGAUGAACUACCCGAAGAAGAACACAGAGUUAACCAGCACAACUGUCACUCUCAACCAAGCCAACCAGUACAUGGUGCUGGCAGACAUCACGAUCCCCAACAAAGAGGGAACCUUCGACGAUGAUGAGUCCCUGAACCAGUACGUCUACCUGCAGGCCAAGUUCCAAGGUCACCUGGUGGAGAAAGUGGUGCUGGUCUCAUUCCAGUCUGGAUACAUCUUUGUGCAGACAGACAAGACCAUAUACACACCUUCAAGCACAGUUAUGUACAGAGUGUUCUCACUCAAUCCUGCCCUGCACCCAGUAGAGAGUGGUAUUUCUGUGGAGAUCAUGACUCCAGAUGGAAUAACAAUCAGCAAAGAGGUCAUCUAUCCAAAAGGAGGAAUCAAGUCUGGAGAACACAAGCUGCCUGAACUUGUCAGCUUUGGAACAUGGAAGGUGGUAACAAGAUUUGUUGCUACACCUCAGAGAAACUUCACUGCUGACUUUGAGGUCAAAGAAUAUGUUCUACCCAGCUUUGAAGUGUCCUUGACCCCAGGAAAAGCCUUCUUCUAUGUUGACGAUCAAGACAUGACAGUUGACAUUGUUGCCAGGUAUUUGUAUGGGAAGGAGGUGACUGGAGUUGGAUUUGUGGCGUUUGGAGUCAGUACCAAAGAGGAUGAGAAGAGAAGUUUGGCAGCGUCACUGCAGAGGGUAGAGAUAAGAAAUGGGAAAGGCAAAGCAGUACUGAAGAAAGAGCACAUCACAAAAACUUUCCCCAACAUCAACGAGCUGGUUGGAUCCUCCCUCUAUGUGUCUGUUAGUGUCCUAACAGAGACAGGCAGUGAGAUGGUGGAAGCCCACAAGAGAGGCAUACCGAUAGUCACUUCCCCAUACACCAUUCACUUCGAGAAGACACCCAAAUACUUCAAGCCAGGGAUGCCCUUUGAUGUUUCGGUCUUGGUGACCAAUCCAGACAACUCACCUGCUGACAAAGUGGAUGUGGAGGUGACGACACCUGGUCAAUCAGUGAUGAGCUCCACUCGCUCCAACGGCAUGGCCAAAGCCACCAUCAACACGCAGGGUGGGGCUUCCCAACUGCCAAUCAUUGUGAUCACAAAGGCCCCUGGUCUCAAAGAUGGUCAACAGGCUAGAGCGGACAUGAGAGCAUUACCGUAUGUGUCCAAGGGAGGUUCCAAGAAUUAUCUGCACAUUGGUGUGGAUGCAGCAGAGCUGACCAUCGGAGAUCAGCUCAAGGUCAACCUGAACCUGGGAGGAAGUCCUGGAGGCCAGAAUAAUGACUUCACGUACCUAAUCCUAACUAAAGGGCAACUUGUGCAAGCUGAGAGGUUCAAGAGACAGGGCCAGGCUCUUGUGACUUUGUCCUUACCAGUGACCAAGGAUAUGGUCCCCUCCUUCCGUAUCGUGGCCUACUAUCAUGUGGGCUCUACUGAAGUGGUGUCUGACUCAGUCUGGGUGGACGUGAAGGACACCUGCAUGGGAACGCUGAAAGUGGAGCCAUCUCGCCCUGUUGCCGUCUACUCGCCUCGUGAGCGCUUCAGCCUGACCAUCACCGGAGACCCAGGGGCCAGAGUGGGUCUGGUGGCCGUGGAUAAGGGAGUCUACGUCCUCAACAACAAGCACAGACUCACCCAGACAAAGAUCUGGGAUGUCAUUGAGAAGUAUGACACAGGAUGCACAGCAGGCAGUGGUAAGGACAGCAUGGGGGUGUUCUUUGACGCCGGCCUCGUCUUCCAGUCAAGCACCGCUGGAGGAACUGAAUCACGCCAAGAACCCACAUGCCCAAAGCCAGCCAAGAGGAGACGCAGAGCCAUCACCAUUCAGGACCUGCACAACUCUCUGACUGCGAAAUACACCAGCACAGAGCGAGAGUGCUGUGUGGAUGGAAUGAAGGAAAACAUCUUGGGCUUCACAUGCGAACGUCGUGCCGAAUAUAUCACAGACGGAGACAAGUGUGUCCAGGCUUUCCUGCACUGCUGCAAGGAGAUGUCCAGUCAGAAGAAAGAAUCCAAAGACGAACAACUUCUCCUUGCUCGCAAUGAAGCAGAUGUUGAUGGCUACUACACAGACUCGGAGGACAUCGUCUCACGCUCCCAGUUUCCAGAAAGCUGGCUCUGGGAGGAUGAUGAGGACCUUCCUGAAUGCCCCGCAAAUAACAAACACUGCACCACCACCUCCAUGACGAAGAAGAGUUUCCUGAAGGACUCCAUCACCAGCUGGCAGGUCACAGCAAUUAGCAUUUCAAAAACUCAUGGUAUCUGUGUGGCAGACCCCUAUGAAAUGAUUGUAAUGAAGGACUUCUUCAUUGACCUGAAGCUACCCUACUCUGCUGUACGUAACGAGCAGAUUGAAAUCAAAGCCAUCCUCUACAACUACAAUGACUAUGAAAUCAAGGUGCGUGUGGAGCUAUUGGAGACCGAUGACGUUUGCAGUGUGGCCACCAAGAAGGGCAAGCACCGCACUAGUAUUGAGAUGGACCCCAUGACAUCACGAGCAAUUCCCUUCGUCAUAAUCCCCAUGCAGCUGGGCAAGCACACCAUCGAGGUGAAGGCCGCUGUGUACGACUCAAUUCUCACAGAUGGCGUCAAGAAGGACCUGCUGGUGGUGUCUGAAGGUGUGCGGACUGAGGUUCCAGUGAAGAAAGUUGUCCUAAACCCAACAGAGCAUGGUGGGGAACAAAAAGAGGAAGUUAAGAGCCAACUCCCAAAGAAGCAGGUGCCGGGGACACCAGCCCAUACUUACGUCUCUGUUCAAGGGGAGCAGAUCAGCCAGACCAUUGAGAAGGCCAUCACUGGAGACUCAAUGGGUUCCCUCAUCGUGCAGCCCAGAGGUUGUGGAGAGCAGAACAUGAUCUACAUGACACUACCCCUCAUUGCCACCCACUAUCUGGACACCACCAACCAAUGGGAGAAUGUGGGUCUGGAGAAGAGAGACACAGCCAUCAAAUACAUCAACAUGGGAUACCAGCAGGAGUUGGCCUUCCGUAAGCCAGACGGGGCAUUUGCUGUUUGGUCAGACAAACCUGGCAGUGCUUGGCUAACAGCGUACGUCUCUAAGGUCUUUGCCAUGGCCCGCGACAUUAUCAGCAUAGAAGAGAAAGUGAUCUGUGACGCCCUCAAGUGGUUGGUGCUGAAUUCCCAGAUGCCAGAUGGCAUCUUCAAGGAGACCUUCCAAGUGUACCAUGCAGAGAUGGUGGGCGAUGUGAGAGGAAAGGAUCCGGAUGCUUCCAUGACAGCGUUUGUGCUGAUCGCCAUGCAGGAGGGCAGGGGUCUCUGCAUUGAGAACGUUGCUAGUCUUCCAGGCAGCAUGAAGAGAGCUACUGAUUAUCUGCAAGGCCGGCUGAAGACGGUUACCAAUCCUUACGCUGUUGCCAUCGUCUCAUAUGCCCUUGCCAAUGAAGGCAAACUGGACCAGGAGAUUCUAUUCAAAUACUCUGCAGGUGGCACUCACUGGCCAGUCCCCGGCAACCACCUCUUCACUCUGGAGGCCACAGCCUACGCCCUGCUGGCCCUGGUGAAGGCCAAUGAGUUUGAGAAGGCAGCACCUAUCGUGAAAUGGCUGAAUAAACAGCAGAAAACUGGGGGAGGCUAUGGAUCCACACAGUCCACCAUCAUGGUGUUCCAGGCUGUGGCUGAAUACACUGCCAAAGCCAAGCAGCAGGACAUGAACCUCGUCAUUGACCUUAAGGUCUCUGGACGUGCCAAGUCCACUAAAUGGACUUUCACCAAAAGCAACUCUUUCCUAACCCGGUCAGACAAGAUGAACUUGAAUGAAAACCUGACUGUGACUGCCAGUGGGACUGGAGAGGCAACUCUGUCAGUGAUGACUCUCUACUACGCCAUGCCCAGUGACAUACUCACUGACUGCAAGAUGUUCGAUUUAGAGGUGAAGCUGGAAAAACAAAACAAAGUGACAUACCAGCAGGCCAGUGAAUCAUACCUGUUCACCAUUGACGUCUUGUACCUGUCAAAGGAACGCUCUACCACCAUGUCCAUCCUGGACAUCGGCCUGCUGACCGGCUUCAGUGUGGACGAGUCUGACCUCACCCAGUUGUCCACAGGUAAAGACAGGUACAUCCAGAGAUUUGAAAUGGACAAGAUGCUGUCAGACAGAGGCUCCCUCAUCAUCUACCUGGAUAAGAUCUCCCAUACCAAACCAGACAGAAUUGCCUUUAGAAUUCACAAAAUGAUGGACGUAGGACUCCUUCAGCCUGCAGCAGUGUCCGUAUACGAGUACCUAGAUAUGGAAAACCGGUGUACACGGUUCUACCAUCCCAUCAAGAAGGGUGGCGAGCUGAACAGGAUCUGUCACAAGGACAUCUGCAAGUGUGCUGAAGAAAGCUGCUGUGCUAAGAAGACUGAUGUGAGUAACGACGACAGAGCUGAGAAAGCGUGUGAACCAGGCAUGGACUAUGUGUACAAAGUCAAGGUGGAGAAGAUGGACCUGACUCACCACACAGACAUCUACCACAUGAAGGUCAUCCAGGUCAUCAAGGAAGGUACUGACUUUGGUGUGGAGGGUCACACGCGUGAGUUCAUUGCCCAUCCUAUCUGUCGGGAUCAGGUGGCACUGCAGCAGGGGAAGAGCUACCUGAUCAUGGGCCACAGGGAUGACGUGGUGCAGCUUGAUGGCAGCUUUAGGUACAUGCUUGGCCAUGCCACCUGGUUGGAGUACUGGCCAACAGCACAGGAGGGGCAGACCUCAGAGUACGAGGACGCUUUCGCUGGCAUCACAGGCCUUGCCAACGAGGUCACGACCUUCGGCUGUGGCAUAUAAUACAGCUUCCUAGUUUUGUGUAGUUUGUUUUAUUUUUUACAUUCUGAGAGAAAACAUCAAAAUGUCUGUCUACAAUAUUACAUUUAAAAAAUGCAUUACUACUGUCAACAAGGUUGAGAAUGAGCGUAUCAGGCAAAUUGUUUCAAUUUCACACUGCAAAAAUGGCUGUAUAUGCAAUGACCAGAUGUAAUUUUGGCAAACACAAUUAAAAGUCUAAAGCGGUUAA